AUGUCUCUGGAGGCAGCGGCAGGUAGCUCGCUGAUGGGGAGGUGCGCUUCCGAAAUGAGGGCACUGAUAGAAAAGAUGGUGGCCAAUAAGACUAGUUGGCCGGAAACCAGAAGGCCUGAGCCAUCAAUGGGUCUUUAUCAGGUAACAAAUGAAGUCGUGGCCACUGAAGAGUGCGCACCUAUGUUGACCAAUCUGGCCCGCAGGUUGCUAAGAGCUCAGCUGAGCAGGCUCAAAACUAGCGGAGAGAAUGAUUCGUUUGUGCUGAGGAAGCUUGAGGACUCAUAUGAGCGGAGCGAUAGCUCACCUAUACCCACUGAGUCUAUAGAGCAAGCAAAGCGAGACCCGGAAAGUGAAUCUACAGCAAGGGAGGAGUUGAAGAAGCUACCAGAAUAUCUGAUAUAUGUUUUUCUUGGCCCAGAGGAGACUUAUCCACUGAUAAUCUAUGCCUCGCUUAUGCCAGACCAAAAGGCUCAACUCCUAUCCAUUCUUAAGAGAAGAAAGACGGUGUUUGCAUGGAAGAUCUCAUAUAUCAAAGAAAUUAGCCCAGCGACUAAUGAUGAUGGGGAGGUCUUCAAGAAAAGACCAGUUACAGGAUGGAGAGUCUGUAUCGAUUACAGAAGGCUGAAUAUAGCGACAAAGAAGGAUCAUUUUCCGUUGCCGUUCCUUGAUCAAUGCCUUAAGAAGCUUGUAGGUCGUGAUCUCAUGGACUCUUGCAUAGAAGUGUUUAUGGAUUAUUUCUCAGUAUAUGACAAAACCUUUUCCAGAUGCCUGAGUAAUUUGGAUAGAGUGCUCCUCCGCUGCAUUGAGACUAAUCUCGUGCUGAACUGGGAGAAGUGCCAUUUAAUGGACUUCAGCAAAAUUACUCAACCGCUCACUGCACUGCUGUGCAAAGAUGCUAAAUUUGAGUGUUCGAGCGAGUGUGAGGAGGCUUUCAUAAUUUUGAAGGAGAAACUCACCAAACUCACCACCGCUCCCAUCAUUUCGGCACCAGUGUGGCGCAAGCCAUUCGAGUUGAUGACGGAUGAAAGCGAAUAUUCCGUUGGCGCUGUACUUGGACAGAAGGUGGAGUCCAAGCUGAAUGUCAUUUAUUAUUCCAGUAGGAUGUUGGACUCCGCUCAAAGGAAUUACACUACAACUGAGAAAGAGCUACUAGCAAAUUUCUUCGCUUUCAAGAAGUUCAGACAAUAUAUGAUCGGGAGCAAGACCAUAGUUCACACUGAUCAUGGGAAGGAGCCAUGGUUUUCAAAUCUGGCAAAUUUCUUGGCCACAAGACAUUUUACCACUCAUAUUGUCCAUAGGGAAAAGAAGCGUCUUUUAAGCUUAGCAAAGGACUAUUUUUGGGAUGAACCUUACUUGUUCAACAUCGGCUCUGAUGGGAUUAUCCAUCGCUGUGUAGCAGAAUUAGAGCUCCUCUUGAUUUUGAAUGAAUGUCAUGGCUUCCAUGUAGGAGGGCAUUUUGCUGGCUCGCGCAUAGCGGUCAAAGGUCUGCAGUCUGGUUUCUUUUGGCCAACUCUACAAAGAGAUGUUGAUGCCUUUGCCAAUGCUUGUGACAAGUGUCAGAGACUAGGCUCUAUCUUAAAGGAAGAUGAGAUGCCUCAUACUAGAAUCUUGUUUGUGGAAUUAUUUAAUGUUUGGGGAAUAGAAUUUAUGGGACCAUUUCCGAAUUUGAAUGGAAAACUCUAUAUCAUAGUGGCAGUGGAUUAUGUGAGCAAGUGGGUUGAAGCAUAG